CACGCUUGUCAGACAUGGCAGAGGAACAUCAGAACCGGCUGCAAAAUGCAGUAGACUCUAUGGUGAAAAGCCUGGAAAGGGACAAUAUUAGGAAAAUGCAGGGGAAGAUGUUCCGGUGCAGUGCACAAUGCUGUGAAGACAAUGGCGCCUCCAUGCAGCAGGUGCAUCAUUGUAUUGAACGCUGUCACACACCUCUGGCUCAAGCACAGAGCCUGGUCACCACCGAGCUGGAAAGGUUUCAGAACCGUCUUUCCCGAUGCACCAUGAACUGCAGCGAUCAAGCUAAAGAUGCCUUCGACUCUGGGAGCAAAGAGGCCCAGGUGAAAGCCCAGCUGGAGGGCUGUGUCAUUAAAUGUGCAGAGGAGCACAUGAACCUCAUUCCCAGUAUGACCAAGAAGCUGAAGGAUGCAUUGGCGCAGGCUGACAAAUAAGUUUCCAGGAUAUGUAGGAAGAGCCAUUGUGGCUUGAGGCAUUCCAACAGUCUUCAGUGCUGCAGGAGAGCAACAUUAACCCUAACAUGGCACGUGAGUAUGUUGGAGGUGGCAUCCGUUAUAACAGUGGAACAUGAAUCUUCCCUAAGAAAAUCAGCCGGACUACCUUACUAAGCAAAGCAAGAUGGCUGCAUAAAGAAGAAGCUGUCGUGGCAGACAUUACUGUCCAAGGCCUGUGUUGUUUAAAAGAACUUGAGAUUAUUAUUAAAAAAUACAAAAAGUGGUAACAGACAGGUCCUUUGUACUUGUGUUUUCACUUUUACUGCCAUUAAAACCUUUUAUUUCAUGUUAA